AUGAAUGAAAGAAAAUUUUCUAUUUAUCAAAAUAGAUUUCAUUUUCUUAGAAAAAGAAGGAGAAUUCAGAGGAAGAUUGUAUUGUUUGGAUUUAUAAUUCUUAUUAUUAUUGCAUUUUUCUACCUUUCAUUCUAUAUUAUUUUUUUAAAUUAUUUUAAAAAUAUUAAAUUAGAAAAAAAUAAUAAUAAUCAUAUUUUACAAAUAUAUAAAGAUUCUAGUAAUCAGAAGGAAGAUUCAUCAAAAAUAUUCAAAAAUAAUAAUAUUUAUAAAUUAUUAUUUCCUAUAUCAAAAUUUUAUCGUAAAAAACGUGACAUUUAUUCUGACUAUGAAUAUGAUACUGAGAAAUCAUUAAAAUUAGAAGGAUGUCCAUUAUCAGUCAAAAAUCCAACUAAUACAACAACAACUGAAGUUUCAUUAUUUCCAGAGGAUUUAUUUACACAACAACAACGUCUUAAUGGAGCUAUCAUUCUCCAUGUAAUUGGUUUAUUUUAUAUGUUUACAGCUUUAGCAAUAGUAUGUGAUGAAUUCUUUGUUCCAGCCUUAGGAGUUAUUACUGAAAUGCUUCUAAUAUCAAAUGAUGUUGCUGGUGCAACUUUUAUGGCAGCAGGUGGCAGUAUGCCAGAAUUUUUUACCAGUGUGUUUGGAGUUUUUAUAACUUCAAAUAAUGUAGGUAUUGGUACAAUUGUCGGAAGUGCUACAUUUAACAUUUUAUGUGUUUUGGCAUUUUGUACAUUAUUUUCAAAACAAGUUCUUAAAUUGACCUGGUGGCCAUUAUUUAGAGAUAUAACUUUUUAUAUUACCUCACUUUUUUUUCUUGUAAUAUUUUUUCUUGAUGAAAAAAUUUUAUGGUAUGAAGCAUUAAUACUGUUUAUUAUUUAUAUUUUAUAUGCAAUAUUUAUGAAAUAUAAUGAAUCAAUUGAAUGUUAUGUAAAAGAAAGAUUAUUUUUUUGUCCAAUUAUUAAAAAAGAAUCUAUUGAUAAAGAUCAACAAUUAAUAAAUAAAGCAAUUAAAAAAAAAAGAAAUUCAUUUCAAGUGGCAAGGAUAAAAAAUAUUUCAAAUGAUAUGCAUUCUGAUGGUACAUCACAUGAAACAGUCAGUCCAUCUUCAGAACAAGCGACUAUUCCGGUACUACAUGCGGGUACAUUUUUUAGGCAAAGUCUUGCACAAAUGGCACUUGAUAUAGGUGAUGAAACAUCUAGAAGUAUUGAAGAUGGUCAUGCUAUACAUAAAAGUGGAAGAAGAAAAAGUAGUAGUAGUGGUGAUAAACAAGCUAAGACAAUUAUUGUUAAAGCAGCACCAGAAAAUGCUACAUUAAAUUAUUGUGAUGGUGAUAAAAAAAAAUUUGAUCCACCAAAAAUUAAAAAAGUUGGUGACUGUACAACUAUUAAAAAAAAUAAUCGUCCAAAAAAUGAUGAAAAACAUGCUAAAAUAACAAAUGCUCCACCAGUUGUUUCUAUUAUUGUUGAACCACAGUCAUCUGAUACAAUAGAUGAUGAAGAAAAUAAUUAUAAUAAUAAUAAUAUUAAUGAUAAUGAUGAUAUUAUAAAAGAAGAAGAUGAUGAACCAUUAGAUUUAACAUGGCCAAAAACACGUCAAAAACAAUUAGUUUAUUUAAUACUUUUUCCAAUAACAUAUUCACUUUAUCUUACACUUCCUGAUGUUAGAAGAACAGGUUAUAAAAAAUAUGUUGUGGUAACAUUUAUUGGUUCAAUUCUUUGGAUAGCCUUAUUUUCAUAUCUAAUGGUUUGGUGGUCAGCUAGAAUAGGAAGCACCUUUGGUAUUCCAACAGAAAUAAUGGGUCUUACAAUUUUAGCAGCAGGAACAAGUAUACCAGAUCUAAUAACAAGUGUAAUAGUUGCACGAAAAGGAUUAGGAGAUAUGGCAGUAAGUAGUAGUAUUGGUAGUAAUCUUUUUGAUGUCUGUGUUGGAUUACCAAUACCAUGGUUACUUUAUUUUCUUGUAAAUUGGAUAAAGAAAAACCAAAUAGAUGGUGAAAAAAGUAUAGAAACUAUUUCAGUUAGUUCUAAUGGUCUUGUAUGUUCUGUUGGAUUACUUUUUCUUAUGCUUCUAAUUUUAAUAUUCUCCGUAGGAUUAUCACGAUGGCAAAUGAAUAAGAUAUUUGGUAUUAUAAUGAUUGUUGCAUACAUUUGUUUUUGCAUUUUUAGUGUAUUCCUAGAAAUUGGGUAUUUAGUUUGCCCUUUAAAGUUUUCUAUUAGUGAAAAAUGUUAA